AUGACUGAACCGAGUCAAACGCCACAACAACAGCCACAGGCUACAUCGUUUAAACGAGGCUAUGUGAAGCAAGUUCUCAGUGGGGAUGCUGUCGUUCUUCAGGGACCUCCAAUGAAUGGGCCACCGAAAGAGAUGACCGUUUAUUUGAGCAAUGUGGUUGCACCGAGACUUGCCAAGAGACCAACGGAUACAGAGCCAGGCAAAGAGGAUGAGCCAUUCGCUUGGGGAUCUCGUGAAUUUUUGCGUCGCAAGUUGAUCGGUCAGAAUGUGAUAUUUCGUUGUGACUAUACGGCAACAUCGGGCCGUGAACAUGGUAGAAUCUAUUUGGGCGGAACAAAUCCAGAUAAUGCCGAAAAUGUAACGGAGUCAUGCGUUGCUGAAGGAUGGGUUGAGGUUCGCGCUGGUCGUGUUGCUGAUGACUACACAACAAGACUUCUUGAACUUCAAGAGUCCGCUAAAUCCGCGAAGAAAGGUAAAUGGGCUGCAGACGAAGGUCAUGCUCAUGAACAUAUUCGUCACAUUACGUGGUUAUUGGAGAAUCCACGAGCACUAGUCGAUUUGCAUAAACAACGGCCUAUUAAAGCAGUUAUUGAACAAGUUCGAGACGGCUCAACAGUGCGUGCUUUCCUGUUGCCUGAUUUUCAGUACGUGACACUGAUUUUGUCAGGCGUUAAGGCACCAGCCACACGUUCGGGACCAGAAGGACGUGCAGAAGAGUUCGCUGAAGAGGCGAAAUACUUCGUUGAGUGCCGUAUACUGCAACGCGAUGUUGAGCUGAUUCUGGAGGGUGUUUCGAAUCAAAAUUUAGUUGGUUCGAUUGUUCAUCCAAAAGGCAAUAUCGCUGAAGCACUUCUCAAAGAAGGUUUCGCGAAAUGUGUUGAUUGGUCGAUCGGUAUUGCAACUUCUGGUCCUGAGCCACUUAGAGCUGCUGAAAGAAUCGCCAAAGAAAAACGUCUCCGAUUAUGGCGUUCGUAUCAGCCAUCCAAUCAGUUGAGUGCAGAUAAACGUACGUUCACAGCGAAAGUAGUUGAAAUUGUGAUGGGUGAUGCAUUGGUGGUGCAAAAGGAGAGUGGUGAAGAGAUGAAAAUAUGGCUAUCAUCUGUACGACCACCUAGAGAGGAGAACCGUGAAGCGGAGAAUAAAAUAGGCCGUCAGUUCAGACCAUUGUAUGACAUUCCGUAUAUGUUCGAGGCGAGGGAAUUCCUUCGUAAGAGGUUAAUUGGUAAAAAAGUUCAGGUAACAAUCGAUUAUGUGCAGCCAAAAUCUGAUAUGUACCCCGAAAGAACGUGUUGCACAGUCGUGUCAGCUGCGUUGAACGUUGCCGAAGCGUUGGUCUCAAAAGGCCUUGCCAAAGUAGUCAGAUAUCGCAGCGAUGAUGAUAAUAGGCAAGCAUCGUCUCAGUACGAUGCUUUAUUGGCAGCUGAAGCAAAGGCCGAGAAGAGUAAGAAAGGCCUUUUCUCGGAGAAAGAAACCGGUGAUAAAGGUUCAGUGCUCAGGAUUCAGGAGCUUCAAGGGGAUGCGCAGCGUUCAAAGCAAUUCCUUCCUUAUCUCCAAAGAUCGGGUCGUUCUGAAGGCGUGGUUGAAUUCAUCGCAUCUGGAAGUCGAGUGCGAUUAUAUGUGCCGAAAGAGACGUGCCUUAUCACUUUUUUGUUGUCGGGUAUUAAUUGCCCACGUGGUGCACGCAUGGGACCCGGAGGUAAAAUGAUAGGUGAAUCGGAGCCAUUCGCCGAUGAAGCCGCUAAGUUCACUCGUUCGAAAGUGUUACAACACGAGGUCGAAAUAGAAGUAGAGGGAAUGGAUAAAUCGGGUAGUUUUAUUGGAUAUAUGUUCUUGGCGACCGAGAAGGGAACCGUUAAUAUGAGUGUUGAAUUGGUAGAAAAUGGACUCGCUUCGGUGCAUUUUACUGCUGAAAAAGGCAGUUAUUAUAGUCAACUUCAAGCUGCCGAACAAAGAGCGAAAAAAGCUAAAUUGGGUAUUUGGACGAAUUGGACCGAUGAAGAUGCGGCUGUUCAAGCAGAGCUGGCUGCGGCGGCUACCGAUAAAUCCGAGCGCACGGUCAAUUACCGUGCGGUGAUCGUAACGGAUGUGCAACGAGGCAAUCUGAAGUUCGCAGCUCAAGACGUUGACCAAGGUCCAAAACUGGAACAAAUGAUGAAGGAUUUACGUGACGAGUUGAAAACAAAUCCACCGGUAAUAGGAUCAUAUACACCGCGUCGAGGUGAUUUGUGUGUGGCACGGUUCUCGGUUGAUAAACUUUGGUAUCGUGCUAGAGUGGAAGGUGUUAGGGGAAAGAAUGCGGAAAUAUUAUAUAUUGAUUUUGGAAAUCGUGAAACGGUGGAAUUCUCGUCAUUAGCUGUAUUACCGAGUGGAUUCGCGGCGCAUCCGGCUGGUGCACGUGAAUAUCAGUUAGCACUGGUGCAAAUACCAAAUGACCCAGAGUAUGCACAGGGCACAGAUGCUGCAUUUGAACAGCUUGUCUUCACUGCACCGAAAUUAUUGAUCAAUGUCGAAUAUCGCAUUGGCGGUUUGGAGUUCGUUCAGAUCAUUAUCGAAUCAACUGAUGGCACCAAAACGGAUGUCGGUAAGACACUGAUCGCUGAAGGACACGCGCUUGUCGAUCAUCGACGCGAGAUUAAACUUGCGACAUUGGUAUCCGAAUACGCUGAAGAUGAAAAGAAGGCACGUCGUGAGCAUCGCAAUAUUUGGGAAUAUGGUGACUUCACAGGCAAUGAGCUAUAA